AUGUAUUCCAACAAUAUUUCUCAUAUCUAUGAUAUGACUGUAGAGUAUUACAGAUUAAGGCAAGGUGAUACAGAUCUAAGUCAAUAUUUUUGUGAGAUAACACACCUUACUUAAGAUCUUAACUCAUUACUUUCUUUAUCUACUAAUCUCCAACUGAUGCAGAAGCAAUGAAGUUCCUUAGUAGACUUCAUCCUGAAUAUGAGAGCGUUCGCAAUCAAAUACUAGCAAAGACUGAGCUGCCAACACUUGUUGAAGCCUAUCAACGUGUCUCUCAUGCUCUUCUAGACCAUGGCACUCCAAAAACCACACCCCUUGUGGAGAACACAGCAUUAGUGUCCACUCAGCAACCCUCUAGUGGGCACUCUCAUGGUGGUCGUUCAGAGAGGGGGGGGUGGAGGUAGAGCAUCUGGAGAUCGCCAAAAAUAUGAGUACACAAAUUGUGGCAAAAAGGGGCACACAAGGAAUAGGUGUUAUGCAUUUCAUGGUCAUCCUCUUAUAACCGCCAAUGUUGUUGUAGGAGGAGAAGAUGAAGGAUCUCAAGGCCCACAUCUCAUGUCACUCUCUAGUGAGGAGUAUGCUCACAUGCUCUAGUUUAUAGCUGCCCAACAAGCAUCAAUACUAGUUACCACUCCAUAUACACCUAGGACAUCUACAAUGUGCUUCUCUCACACAUCCAAAUCCUCUUCAAGUGAAUCACCCUGUUGGAUUCUUGACUCUAGUGCUACUGAUCAUAUUAUAGGUAUAUCCAACAAUUUCAUAUCCCAUUUUAGUCACCAUGGUCUUUCUACUAUCACCUUAGUAGAUGGCUCUACUACACAUCACAGGUAUAAGGUCCUUAUAUCCUAACCACAACCUUCCUCUUAAAUCAGUUUUACACAUACCUAAAUUCCCGUUUAACCUUAUUUCUAUUAGUAAACUCACUCAAUCCCUGCAAGCUGCAAUAACUUUCUUUCCCAAUUCAUACUUCAUUCAGGACUUAAAGAUAUGGAGGAGAUUGGCGAAAGAUAUGAAAAUGGAGGCCUAUACUACUUGGGAAAAGCUUCUUCAGCCAUGUGUAUUUGAUGCUUUACCUCUUCAAGUCCAUAAUCAACUAGGUCAUGUAUCUCUAGAAAAACUCAAAUUGAUGAUACUUAAUUUGUCUAAUCUAGAAGUAUUAGAGUGUGAAUCAUAUCAAUUAGGUAAACAUCAUCAUUAUAGCUUCGGACCCAGGGCUCUUUCAAGAGCAAAGUUUGUUUUUGAUUUAAUCCAUUCUGAUGUACGAGGUCUUAGUCAAGUUACUUCUAAAUUUAGUUUAAAACAUUUUGUUACUUUCCUUGAUGAUCAUUUUCGUAUUACCUAGUCGUAUCUCAUGAGAGUUUAACCAGAGUUACUUACCAUUUUUGCUCAUUUUGUGCUGAAAUUAAGAAUCAAUUUGGCAAGAAUAUUCAAAUACUUCGUUAUGAUAAUGCAAAAGAGUAUUUUAAUUCAUCCUUUACACAAUACUGACCACCCAUGAGAUUAUUCAUCAAUCAUCAUAUCCUUAAACUUUUCAACAAAAUGGAAUAAGGGAGAGGAAAAACCGUCAUAUCAUCGAAACAGCUCAUACAUUACUUUACAUAUGAAUGUCCCACUUGAAUUAUGAGGUGAUGAUGUUCUUCCAUCCACCUAUUUAAUUAAUCGAAUGUCAUCAUCAAUUUUAAAUCAAAAGACUCCAUAUUCUAUUCUUUAUCCUACUAAUCCACCAAAGAUUUUUGGAUGUACAUGUUUUGUCCAUCAUUUAGAUAUAUGUCAAGAUAAACUUAGUCCUAAGUCUGUGAAAUGUGUUUUAUCCUUCAUUCUUACAAGCUUCAUUUCAUAGACACUAUUUCUGCUGAUUUUACAUUCUUUAAGAGUAUCUCUUUUUUCAUUAUGUCACAAUGUAUUAAUUAUCUAAAUGAAUCAUUAUCUCUACCAAUUAUUAUAGAGCCCAUCUUUGUGGAUAAUCUUAGUGCGAUUCUCAAGUAAUUAGAUGAUAGGGUGGAAGAUAUAUGCCUUCCAAUCACACAGGUGUACAUGCGAUGGAAUACUCCCUCAACAUCUCUUGAGGCAUUUACUUCUCAACCAAUCCUUCCCAUGUCUAAUGGACUAGAAGCGAGCACAUCGAUGACUAGUAAUCUUGAUCUCCCAAUCACCUCACAAAAAGAAAAAUGUUCUUGUAUAAAUGAUUCCAUGUCUAACUUUGUAUCCUAUCAUCACUUAUCUCCUACCUACUCAACUUUUAUAUCUACCUUAUCUCACUAUCCUACUCCUAAGAUUAUUUCAGAAGCACUAAGUCAUCUCGGAUGGUGUGCCAUUAUGAUUGAGGAGAUGAAUACACUUGAGAAGAACCAGACUUAAGAAUUUGUCCCACAUCCUCCUAGAAAGUCUGUUGUUGGCUACAAAUGGGUCUUUACAAUUAAAGUUAGACCUAAUGGUACAGUUGAUCACUUGAAAACUCAUUUGGUGGCGAAGGGCUUCACUCAAGUAUAUGAUGAAGAUUACUUAGAGACUUUCUCACAUGUUGCUAAGAUUACCUCAAUUCGUAUUGUGUUUACCUUGGCAAUUCACUUCUUUUGGCCUCUCUAUCAACUUGAUAUAAAGAAUACAUUUCUUCAUGAUACUAUAGAAGAAGAGAUAUACAUGGCACAGCCUCCAAGACAUGCACAUAGGAACUCUAAUAUGGUUUGUUGAUUACACAAGUCUCUUUAUGAUUUGAGCCAAUCUCCUCAAGCAUGAUUCAUUGGUUUAGCAACACUUUGAGUGAGUUUGGUCUUCAGAGAUGCGGCGUUGAUCACUAUGUCUUUUAUCAACACUCUUCAGCUAAGUGUAUCUUAUUAGUUGUCUAUGUCGAUGACAUCAUUAUCAAUAAGAGUGAUUAUGUUGGUACAUCUCACCUCAAUACCUUUUUGCAGAGUCAACUUGUCACUAAGGAUCUCAGCAAUCUCAAGUUCUUCCAUGGCAUAGAGGUUGCUCAUUCUAAUGGAGAGAUUGUUAUCAACCAACGGAAGUAUACUCUUUAUUUAUUUGCAUAG